AUGGCAGCUGCCACAGCGAGUCUGAGAAUUGGGGCCAAAGUUGCCCUGCGUGAGAUUCGUGUCCACUUGUGCCAGUGCUCGCCCGGCAGUCAGGGCGUCAGGGAAUUCAUCAAGAAACACUAUGCAGAGCUGAAGAAGGCGACUCCUGACCUGCCAAUCCUAACCAGCGAGAGUUCUGAUGUGCAGCCCAAACUCUGGGCCCGCUACGCAUUUGCCCAAGAGAAGAAUGUCUCUUUGAACAGCCUGAGUGCUGAUCAGGUAACCAGAGCCGUGGAGAAUGUGCUAAGUGGCAAAGCCUGA